AUGCACUCCCAAGAAAAAAAAAAAAAACUUUUCUAGCAAUACACACCAAGCUGGGCAUGUGCAGAGUGACUCCACACAAUAUGUCUUGUCGGGAUAAGAGGGGGGACACUGGAAGAAGGGGAGGAUCAGAGAAGACAGGAUCAAACAGCCUUUUUUACACAUGGUGGAGGAUUAACCCCUUAGGUUCCACAGUGAGUAUAACAAGCAUGCUUUACUGCCAGGGGCAGAUCGACAACUCAUGGGGCCCCCGGGUAAUAGGGGAUCAUGGGGCCCCUGUGUCCUUGCCCCAAACUCAAAAAAGCCUA